UUACAGGCGGCUCGCGCUAGGUCGGUUGCUGGGACAUAUCGGUAGCGCUGCACUAGGCCCCAGGUGAUGGAGUUCUCCAGGGCAAGGCCGCGUCGUCAGCGAUGCUCCCCUUUGGCCGAGGUCUAUCCGUUCCCGAUCCAGUUCUACGAGCAGCCACCGAUUGAGAACGUCUCGUUGCAGGAUUUCGAGAACUUCGCGGUGGAGAGGCUGAAACUUCUCAAAUGUAUAGAAACACUUGGUGUUAGCUACAUCAGGGCAUCAGAGGCCUAUAACAAGAAACUGGAAGCUGAGUUUCGAAAACUGAGAUUUCCUUAUAGAGUUUCAAGUGAAGAGAAGCUGGAUGAGUAUGAAAUAAGAAGGAAAGAUCACAUCUCGCAUUUCAUAUUGCGUCUUGCUUACUGCCAGUCGGAAGAUCUGAGACGAUGGUUUAUCCAGCAGGAGUUGGAAGUAUUCCGUUUCCGAUUCAACGAAUUGCAUAACAAACAGCUAGAAUUUCUCAAGCACAACAAGUUGGAAUAUCAAGCUAUUGAAACAAAGGAAAAAGAAGAUGUGAAGAUGAAACUGGCUGCUUCGGGUGGGCACGGCUCAGUUAAAAUAGAUGAAUGGUUGUUUUACAAGGUCCCUUUUACUGAUGCUCUUGAGCUGGUCCGAGUUCGGAAGGUGUUUGUUAAAAAUGGUUUUGCAUAUAUACCUCAUCCAGAAAUAGUGAUUAUAGUCCUGAAUGAAUUCCGACAGCGGCUUUCCAAGUCUUUGGCAAUUGCGUCAAGAUCACUGCCUGUUGUACAGUCAGACGAGCGACUUCAGCCUCUGCUGAACCACCUCAGUCAUGCAUACGUAGGACAGAACUAUAGCAUUCAGAAGAAUGUUGGGAAGAUUUCAUUGGAACAGAUUGACAGUUUGGCUGUAAAAUCCUAUCCACCAUGUAUGCGUCAGUUACACAAGACUAUACGGGAUAACCAUCACCUCCGACAUGGUGGCCGUAUGCAGUAUGGACUUUUUCUUAAGGGGAUUGGCCUUACCUUGGAGCAGGCCUUGCAGUUCUGGAAGUCAGAAUUUAUCAGAGGAAAAGUGGAACCAGAUAAGUUUGAUAAAUUAUAUGCCUACAAUAUACGCCACAGUUUUGGAAAAGAAGGCAAGAGGACUGACUACACACCAUUCAGCUGCAUGAAGAUCAUUCUGUCAAACCCACCAAGUCAAGGGGAUUAUCACGGCUGUCCAUUCCGUCACAGUGACCUUGAACUUCUGAAGCAAAAAUUGCAGACCUAUAAAAUUCCUCCUGCAGGAAUUGCUCAGAUUCUGGAUUUAGUGAAGGGGAUGCAUUACCAGCUGGCCUGUCAGAAAUACUUUGAGCUAACCCACAAUAUUGACGAAGUUGGAUUUUCCCUAACCCAUCCAAACCAGUAUUUCAAUGAGAGUCAGAAGCUCCUGAAUAGCAGCCGAGAUAUCAAAAGAGAGUCCAGCCAGCCAGAUAAUUCUCAGUGGAACCAAGGCAGUCAGGCUACAAGAGGUGCGAGCACUUCUGCCUCUAAACCCACGAGUCAGGUGUCGUCAUCAGACAUGGAUGGUUUGGAAGAGCUUCUCAGUGAAGGGUACGUGUAGUCAUUAUCGAUGAUGUUGGUAUCCAAUGGAUAUGCAUUGUGGGUUCUUGCAUUUCCUAAAGUGACUCUUCCAUAUUCUUGUUCUGUUUAUUUCACCCCUUCAGAAAGUUUGGGUGCUUUCCAGAACAGCUUGAAAACAAACAUAUGAACUUGUUUGUAAUAUUUUCACCAAUAAAAACCCUCAAGACUGUAUGUUGUUACCUAGUUAUUGUGGCUAGUACAUAUGUGCCAGCAGACUGGGAAUGAACUCUGAAUAAUUAACAUAAUGCAAGGUAUAGUAUUUCAUAUAGAUUCCAUCUUAGUUUUUCAUGUAUGAAAAGAUGUGAAAUAUGUUAGUGCAGUGCCUUAAUACUUUGCCACUUUAGGAUACUUUUAUAAAAUGUAAUGUAAAAGAAGAAAUUUUCAAGCCCAGCCUACUGAAAUGUAGUGAAUACUUUAGUGUUGAUAGUAUUUGACCUACCUCCUCCACUAAUCUACAUCAUUGCAAUGCAAUUGAGUUGUACAGUUAAUGGCUUUACCAUCAUUAGCCAAUAAUAUAGGCUUUGUUGUAUUCUAAUGUGAUCUGUUCUUCCUCUUUGCCCAUCAGGUGAAGCAUAUGUACUUUGUAUGAAAUUGUGUAUCAUCCAUGCACAUCAGCAGCAGAUGAGUUGUUUCAAUUUUAAUAUUCGCUUUGAGUGUUCAGCUUUGCAUACUGAAAAUAAGUUAGUGGAAAAACAAGUUUCUAGAAGGCUUGAUUUUCUUCCAAACUUAAACCAAUGUAUUUUAAAACCAGAAACAUAAUUUCUAAAGCAACCUGCAAGAGUUGUAUUUUAAGCUACUCUUAGUAUGUAGCUAAUGGAAUCACUCCAUCCUUUGGUAUGCAAAAGUACACAAUUAAGGAUUUGUUGCCUUCUGCUUCAUUAUGCUCCCUAGGAGCAGAAUCAGUAUUGUGUCGAAUGGUUGCAUGUGUGGUGGAAGUAAGGGGUCUUUUUGGAGGAUGUCUAUUAACCAUUAAAGAUCCGUUGAUCAUAGAAUGACUCCUAAAAUUGAUAUUGUAAUUGGAUGUUACUAAUGAAGGAUGUCUGCUAAUUAUCUGAUAUGUUUCCUGUUGGCUAAGUGAAGCACAGUAUUGGUCUUGUGUAAAAGUACUGCAAUGACCUUGACUUUGAGUUUUGACAGCAUUCCUUGUGCCACCUCUGAAGAAGAUCCUGUGGUAAUCAUGAAUAUCAGAAAUGGACAAAUUGUAUUAACUUGGAAUGCAUUUGGAUCUGUUGCUGAAAAGUGAGUUAAAUGUUGUAAUAGAGAGUUGAGUAUUGGUGCUGUCUUAAACUGUUGCAGCUUUCCCACUUUUGUAGGUGGGAGCCAUCAAUGCAUUCUCAGAUCAGCAGUAAAGGGAAAAUUCCAGAGAACUCUGUACGAUAGCUUCAAGAAUCAAGUGCUGUGAACCUUAGUAAAAUUAAUAAAAAUUGUAAAUACUCCAGUUUGUUUUAAAUUGACUUGCAAUAAGCAUACAUACAAUUUAUUUUGGACCCUUGGGAAAACUCAUGUACUGUGGAAAUCAUGAAGGACAACAAAUAUGAGCCUGUUUUCAGACUCCGCUUUUGCUCAGAUUUAAAAUUGCACUUCUUGGAGAACUUCAUGACUUUCUCUUCUACAAAUGAUAUUUUGCUACAAGCUACCUUCUCCUCCCUGUACCCAAUAUGUCUGUAGCAACACUACUUGCAACUGUAUGUGUACAGCACUGUAAUGUCUUUUUUUGUCUCAGUUUCGUCCCUGCUGUUUUAGCAUGAUGCCAUGCCAGCAAUAGAAUUCUAAAAUAUUGAAGCCUCAAAAACAUGGAGUUAAAAUUAUUUUUAUAUAUGCGACAAAUCUCUUGGUUUCAUUUAUUUUUAAGGGUUUUGUAAAAUUAUGCUCAACAGUUACUGAUGUAAAAGCAUUACAAAGAUUUUUUUCAAAAAUAUACAAGUUUUUUUCUAAAUUUGUAAGAGUUAAGAUGGAAGGUUCAUGUUGUUUGAAGUUAACAUAUAUCUCGGUGUAUUUUACAGUUUCAGAUUACAUUACUGAAUACCUUGGGAUAAAUAUAAACCAGUAUCUACAUGAAUGUACAGAUUUUAAAAUGGGUGUACAUUCUCUUAUAAAGCUAUUGAACAUGCAUAUAUUCUAAAUUAUUCUCUAGUUGUACGACCUCUGGACUGCACAAAGUCUCCCAGCAUCAAAUAUGGGCAAGGAAUUGAUUGUCACAGAUCACCUACCCUUCAGCUGAUGAAACAGUAAUCCAUGUUGAGCAUGACUGAGGGUAGCAAAGUCACACAAUAUAGUUGGAUGGGAAUGUCAAAUCCAUCACUGAGUAGCUUGGCUGCACUGCAGCUAAUUGUGCUGGUCAAAUCCUUUAGGAAAUUGCUUCUCGACUGUCCGUCGCAAUUGGUAAGGGAACUGACAAGUGGUAAAAAGAUGCUUGACAUCAUCCUCAACCUGUCUACCAUAGCUACAUCUAUCCAUGACCGUAUCAGUAAGAAUAACCAUUGCACAGUCCUUGAAGACUCCAUUCCCUGUUUGCAAUGAGUAUGCUCAAUAUCAACGGUCCCAGUCUUUUUUUUAAGCUGUCGCAGGUGGAUGUGAAUGAUCUCAAAAUUGCUAUUAGGAAGAAGAGCAAGAGAACUUUACUGGAGUUUUGGCCAAUAUUUAUACCACAAGUAACAUUGUGCAAAUAAAUUACCUGGGCAUUAUCACAUGUUAUCAUUGGACCUUGCUGUGCAUUGAUUGGCUGCCAAUUGUCCUACAUUGUAACACAUCAGAAGAAUAACUUCAUAGGCUUAAAGUGCAUUUAGAAUUCAGGGUUGUAAAGGCUAUUGUAUUAUUGCAAAUCGUUCUUACCACUUUUGAAAUGUUUCUUUAACUUGUUUUCCAGUUCUUCUUUCAGUGGCAUUUCUUUUGU